GCUGUGCUUCGCUGUUCGUCCUCGUCUUCUUCGAUUCUUCCUUCUCCCUAAAAAUAGAAAUAAAAGGGACAGAGAGGUGGAAGUGGAUCGAAAUCAUUCAGACCUCACAUUUCCCAGAUCAUGGCGGCGGUUUGAUGUUUUUCUUUCCUUUGACUCUUGAGCGCAAUUGAUUUCGUUCUGUCUCUUCUUCUCUAAUAUUUGUAUGGGAAUGAAAUUUCUGUCGUCCUCUGACUUGUUCUGCAGUUUGUGUAUUCUCUUUCCUUGUUUCUCUGAGUCGUAAGUCAUGCAGUUCUAGUUGAAUCUGAUUUAGCGUUCCUUUGUUUGUCACAAAGUUGCUAACUUUGAUCUGUUUCUGCGAUCAAAAUUGGAUCUUUUUUGGUUUUCUGAGUUCGUUUCUGUUCUGCUCUUCGUUGGAUUUGCUGCUUGAGUAAGUUCCGACUUGAUCUGGUUUUGUGUUCUGUUUGUUCGCGCAAAUUGAGAGAAGUUUCGCUAAUUGUUGAGCUUCCUCGCGAUUGAGAAAUGGGAGAGAAGUGUGGCUGGGAAUGUUCGUGAGAUCUCGGAGUUGCGACCGUCUCCCAAAGUGCCGGCGUUGUUGAAUCUUGUCGCCGUUUGUCUUCCGAUCGAAGCAGAGAGGGUAGCCAGUGGUUGGAGCUCGCCAUGGGUUGCGCGGUCUCGAAGCAGCCAGGGAGUGGGCGGUGGUUCGGACGCAGCAAGUCGCUUCCCGUCCAUUUGGCCAGAGGCGGGCGACAGCGGAGCGGGGGCGGUCACCACGCCGUCAUCCUUACCUCCAGCACCUUCGGCGCACUGAGGCUCGAUCGAGGAGACAACAGUUCUGACGACGAGGCAACGGUAAAGGUCUCCACCGACCUCCAGGCGGCAGUGUCCAUGGCAGCGGUCAAGGCGAGCUGCGCGAGGGAGAUCGGCCUCUGUACCGAGACUUGGUCGGAGAUGAUCGAGCGUCGGAUUCCGAAGACUCCGACGGUGACACCGCCCAACGAGCCCGAGGUCAUCAACGCAUCGGAGCUCAUGGCCGGCCUCGAGGACGCCAGUCCCCUCCUCCUCCCUCCCGCUGCCCACCACCGCUCCUUCUCGUCCCACACCACCCGGGACGCCCAUUUCUCUUCGCCGGAUUCCGAGUUCACCAGCAGCUACUCUCCCAAGCUGGAAUUUAUGGAUCUCAACCACGAUGACUCUAUCUUCUCCGAUUUCGACCCCGAGAUUUUGUCCAUCUUCCGCGAAGCCGUAAAUCAAUCCCACUCUGCCCUUCCACCUCUCAAACCCUACAAAAAAGAGGAGGAAGAAGAAGAAGAAGAAGAAGAAGAAGAGGAGGAGGACGAAGAAGACAACAAGCAGCCUUCUCUUAGCAUUGUUCGAGCAAGAAUCGACGAGUUCCAACAAAAAAUCGACGCAAAGAAGGCGACUAGAAACCCUAAUUUCGCAAAGAUGGCGCCUUCGUGCAAGCGCCCGCCCGGCGGCGAGGGGAAAGUGGUCCUCUACUUCACCAGCCUCCGAGGGAUCCGCCAAACCUACGAGGACUGCCGGGCCAUGGACACUAUCCUCAAGGGCUACGGCGUCCGCGUCGACGAGCGGGACGUCUCCAUGCACGCCGGGUUCAAAGAGGAGCUCGUCGGCACAUUGGGACCCGGCUACCGGCUACCGCGCGUCUUCGCCGACUGCCGAUACCUCGGUGGGUCCGAUGAAGUGCGGCAGCUCCACGAGGAGGGGAGAUUGGGCAAACUGUUGGAGUGCUGCGAGAUGGCCCGGCAGGGGAAGGGCGACGUCGGCGGCUGUGGCGGCGGCGGGGACGCCGGGUGCGAGAGAUGCGGAGACUUGCGCUUCCUCCCUUGUGAGAUCUGCUCCGGAAGCUGCAAGGUCUACGUGGAGGAGGACCAAGAAGAAGGCGGGGAGCUCGGCGGAGGCUUCCGGCGCUGCCCGGAAUGCAACGAGAACGGGCUCGUUCGAUGCUUGCUCUGCCGCUAAUUUCCGCCCGCGCAUUGUUCGACGUCUUGCCUCGACAUGUACAGUGAGGAGAUGGUACCUUCUCCUGCCCUUUCCCCCCUUUUUUCCUUAAAAAUAAAACAUUUUGGGGUGAUUUGGAAAGAUCAAACUACUGUGAAAGUUAUAGGAAUUGAGAAAUUAGUUGUCCUCAAGUUUGCAUUAACUAAUUACAAAAAUAAAUUACUGAAAA